AGAGGGAAACGGUGAAAGGCGCGGUAGAGGGGUUUUUCCUACUUCCCUCCACCUCUCCUUCAAAAGCCCGAGAAAGCCAUCUUCUUUCUCAGAAGAUUUUGAUAAACUCCUUUCUCUUUUUCCCGAAACAGAAAUCCUAACAGCUUAUAACCCUCACUAUCAAUGGUCUUCAUAGAAGCCCUAGACAAUCCAUCUUCUCCUUUCUUCACAGAAAUCAAACCCUUUCUCGUGGCAGCAGGUCUCGCGAACAUAGGCAACACGUGCUUUCUCAACGCGGUUCUCCAGUGCUUUACGCAUACAGUCCAGCUCGUGCAGAGCCUCCGGUCUUUUGAUCACGAGUUCCCGUGUCAGGGUAAUGAUGGAGGUUUCUGUGUUCUGUGUGCUUUGCGAGAGCACAUUGAUCUCUCUUUGGCUUCAUCAGGACAAACCAUCAUUCCCUGGAAACUGGUUGAGAAUUUGAACUAUCUAUCAUCUUCUUUACAGAGAUACCGGCAGGAAGAUGCUCAUGAAUUCUUCCAGUGCAUGCUGGACAGGCUCCACAGUUGCUGCGUGGACUUGAAACCACAAGAUGAGUCCUCAUCUUUGCAGGAUGACAGCUUCAUAAACCAGAUUUUUGGAGGCCGUCUCCGAAGCCAGCUUCGAUGUUGCAAUUGUGGCCAUUGUUCAGACAACUUUGAGCCUCUAAUCGAUCUGAGCUUGGAGAUCGAAGAUACCGACUCUGUCUUGACUGCUCUAGAAUCAUUCACACAGGUAGAAAAAAUUGAAGAUACAGAGACGAUCUUCACCUGUGAAAGCUGUAGAGAGGAAGUAUCAUUAGAGAAACAGCUUAAGCUGGACAAGGUCCCCGAAGUUGUGACACUACACCUCAAACGAUUUAAAAGCAACGGUUACUACAUUCAGAAGAUUUGGGAGUUUGUGGGUUACCCUUUGGAAUUGGAUUUGCAACCUUUCGUUAGCAGCUCAAAUGACGAUGACAAUGGGAAGUCAAAAUACGAACUAUAUGCUGUGCUGGUGCAUAGUGGGAUUUCAUCUUAUUCUGGGCAUUACUUUUGCUUCAUUUGUUCCUCCCCACACUCAUGGUACCAGUUGGAUGACUCUGAGGUGACCAGGGUUAGUGAAGAGGAUGUGCUUCAUCAGGAGGCCUACAUUCUCUUCUACAAAAGGCAAGGAUCCCCCUGGUUUUCGAGCUUGAUGGAGGCACAACAGAUGCUCAACGAUUCAGACAGUUUAUCUACUUCCCCAGAUUCGGGGAUAGGUGAUUUGGUGGCUCUCGCAGGAAUGGUUGAUUGCAGUGCAUCUCAUCGUGAGUUCGAUGAGGUCACGGAUGCCCCUUCUACACAGCCCUCCAGUUCUUCAAGCGCUCGCAUACUCCCUGAAGAGAAUUCUGAUGUAAAUGAUCAAAUCCCAUGUGACCAAUUGAGAUCGGUGGGCAAAGAAAGCUUAAAGAAAUCCAGUGACGAGGAUGGAAUCGACCAAUUGGAAAUGGCAGGCGAAGAAGGCUUAAAGAAAUCCAGCCACGACAAUGGAAUGGUAAGCAAGGCAGUUCUUAGACUGCUGAGGGGAAGCAUGCCUGAUUCACGUAUCUCCCAGAUAAUGGGCUGCAUGGCACCCUCAUUGGAGUGCAUUGAUGGAAGUUUAAAGAGGCAGAAAAUGUCUGAUGCCUAGUAGAGCAUUUGGAGAUGGAGAGGCCACAUUUUUAUUUCUCUCUCACAUGGAUGAGAUGGUUGCAAUUUUUUUUUUUCCCAUUCAAUGUAAAUUAGAUCGGUGUCCCAAAUUAAUUAUUUUCCUUUGUGCAAAAAUUAGAUUGGCAUUGGCAAAGAAAAAUUGAAUUUCAAUAAUAUCCUUUUGGAAGGGCAA